GCCCUGCAUCUUGUCUUGCUGGCGACCAAGAAAGACUUGCUUCAUCCACCACUGAGCUUACGUUUAGACUGUGAGAUCUCAAGGUUGUACUCCGCAGCAAUGGCUUCUAAACAACCUCUACGCACGCUCGUAAAGCAGGCGACGUCUGCGCAAUGCAUCCAGACACAAUCCAAGACCGCCCUGGCGCGGUCGAUGGCCACAGUCGUACCACCAGUUACUCAAAACUCCACCAGCAAGAAAGGGCCCACUGCUAUGGUCUUCAUGAACAUGGGUGGGCCGGCGACUACCGAUGAGGUUGGAGGCUUUCUCUCGCGACUGUUUGCCGAUGGCGAUUUGAUCCCAUUGGGACCAUUGCAGGGCGUUCUCGGACCAUUGAUCAGCAUGCGGCGAACACCAAAGAUUCAGAAGCAAUACGCUGGAAUUGGUGGUGGAAGUCCCAUUCGCAAGUGGAGUGAAUACCAAGCGGCUGAGAUGUGCAAGAUUCUUGAUAAGAUCAAUCCGGAGACGGCGCCUCACAAGCCAUAUGUCGCCUUUCGCUACGCCAACCCAUUGACGGAGGAAAUGUACAACAAACUGCUCGAGGAUGGCUUCGGCAAAGGACGAGGUGGUAGAGCUGUGGCCUUCACACAAUAUCCGCAAUACUCCUGUAGCACAACGGGCAGUUCGCUGAAUGAGCUAUGGAAGUGGAGGACACGAUUGGAAACUCCUCAGCGCAAUCCCGAGAUGACACCCGAAGAAGCAAACGGCGCGAUUGAAUGGAGUGUUAUCGAUCGAUGGCCCACGCAUGCAGGACUUAUCGACGCCUUCGCCGAGAAUAUCAACAAGGCGCUCGACACUUACCCGCCGGAGAUUCGCGAUAGUGUGGUGCUACUAUACAGCGCUCACAGUCUUCCCAUGAGUGUUGUCAACCGCGGUGACCCAUACCCGGCGGAGGUCGCCGCCACAGUCUGGGCAGUACAACAGAAGCUCGGCCAUCGCAACCCAUACCGACUGGUGUGGCAAUCACAGGUCGGCCCGUCUGCCUGGCUCGGCGCCCAAACCGCCGACACCGUUCCUAAUUUGAUCAAGAAGGGACAAAAAGACAUUGUUCUGAUCCCCAUCGCCUUCACCUCGGACCACAUCGAAACGCUGUUUGAAAUUGAUCAGGAAGUCAUCCACGAGGCCAACGAGCUCGGUGCAGAAGGUCGAGUGCGCCGUGCGGAGAGUCUCAAUGGCAGCACCACCUUCAUCCAGGGCUUGGCGGAUUUAGCAAAGGCCCACUUGAACUCCGGAGAGAUUUGCAGUAAGCAGAUGGGUCUGAGAUGCCCCGGAUGCAAGAGCGAGAAAUGUCUGGAGCAGAAGCGUUUCUUCAUGGGCGAGGGUAAGCAGGCUAACGAAGCGGUCACUUUGUGAUCCACUGCAAGCCAUAACUUCCAUUGAUUUUCUUUUUGGACUCGUAGCGAAUGCGCAUCUGGGCCGUAGCGGGCUUGAGUAUAUAUGUAACAGUAUCGAAAUUUAGAGAUUUGCGAGCAACCCGUCUAUGAACUCGAGAUUUACUGCG